AUGAUGCCGCACAUCCAACCUGAGAUUCUAUCCAGGGAGUUUGUCAAACCAUUCUCUACCACACCAAAACACAAAGGAAUUCAUAAACUGUGUUUCUUUGAUCAGCUAUCUCCUCGCCUUUAUGUGCCUCUUUUGCUUUUUUACACCAAAGAAGCCGGCCACAAAUCAAGUGACUUUUACCAUCGUUCACAUUUGCUAAAACAAUCUCUAUCUCAAGCUCUAUCCAGAUACUACCCCUUAGCAGGACGGAUCCAGGGAGAUGCUACUAUUGACUGUAACGACGAGGGGAUUAUGUUUCUGGAAGCUCGAAUCCAGUGCGAGUUGCAGGAAAUCCUGAAGCAUCCAGCAGAGCAAACUAUAAAAUCCUUGUUUCCUGAUGAUCUGCAGUACAAAGAUUCAAUCUUGGGGAGCCGUUUGGUUCUUCAGGUCACUUCUUUCGACUGUGGAGGGAUGGCUAUAGCCAUUUGCAUAUGCCAUAAGACCCUGGAUGCUGCAGGCCUCAGUUCUUUCGUCAACGACUGGGCUGCCAUGAGCCGUGGCAUUGUCAACUCUCCCGAGGAAGUCUCCCCUGUAUUAUUCAACUUAGCUUCUGUGUGUCCACCAAUUGAGUUGCCUACAAUCAACCACGGAGAGUUUGAUCAAGUUAAAACUGGUUCAAGAAGGCUUGUCUUUGAUGCCUUGAGCAUAGCCAAGCUCAAGUCCCUGGUGGCAGACAAAGUCCAAAAUCCUACAAGGGUGGAACUAGUGUCUGCGCUCAUUUACAUGGCUGCAAUCUCCGCAGCCAGGAAAAGCUCAGGUUCUUCAAAUCUAACUAUUAUGCAUCACGCAGUCGAUAUGCGUAAAAGGGUUUCUUCAAUAUUGCCAAGAGGUUGCGAGGGAAAUCUGACAGCAGUCUUCCCGGUAUCAACCGCGGAGGAUACCAAGAUAGAUUUGGUUUGGUUGGUGGAAGAGACAAGGCGAGUAAAAACUGAGUUCUUCAACAAAUGUGCAAAGUUACAGAGCGGAGAAGAGCUACGUUCAUUUGUUCUGGAGAACUUAAAAGGGUUACUAGAGUAUACCCAUGGCAAAAGGCUAGACGCGUACAACUGUACCAGUUGGUGCAGAUUCCCAUUUUAUGAUGCGGAUUUUGGAUGGGGAAAGCCUGUGUGGGUGACCAGUCCUUGUGCUGAGAUUAGGAAUGCCAUUGUUCUUAUGGAUACCAGUGGAGGAGAUGGGAUUGAGGCAUUAGUGUCUUUGGAAGAACAGGAAAUGGCCCUGUUUGAGCAUGACAAGAAUUUACUAGCAUUCGCUUGUAUCAAUCCCACUACUUGA